UUUUUUCCUCUCUCUCUCUCUCUCUCUCUCUUCUCCUUCAUUUCUUCUUCUCUCUUCUAUAUUCUUCUUACUAUAGCUAACUCAGACUCUUAAUUUUUUUCUUGGGGAGAUUUUAUUUAUUUUUCUCUUUUGUUACUUUUUAUUUACUAUUAUUCUCAUCUCAUCUGGGCUUUGGGAAAUUUCUUGGUUUUGGUCGAAUUUGGCCACGGAAAGCGAUCAAAAAGAUUUUGUCUUCAUUAAUUUGAAGCUGUGUUCUUGCUCUUUUAACAUAUUGUUAUUAGACAGAAGAAGAAGCAAAAGUUGGGAUUAUGAGAAGUAGUGAGCUGAUUUCUGAAGAUGAAGAAAAUCUUGUAGAGGUAGCAGAAGCUUAUAUGAAUAAUAAUAAUAAUAAGCUGAGUAAUCAGCAGUACUUUGAAUCAUCAGAAAGAAAAGAUAGCAGAAAUAUUUUCUAUAUAUAUUGUCCUUGAUCUUCUUCUUCUUCUUCAUCAUCAUCAUUAUCAUCAUCAUCAUCAGACUGAGGAAAUUUAAAAGCUAUGAAUAAGAGUAGUAAUCAGCUGGGCAGCUCAAUAACCAGCUCUGAUCUCAUAGAUGCAAAGCUUGAAGAGCAUCAGAUGUGUGGAUCCAAACACUGCCCCGGCUGUGGUCACAAGCUCGAAGGAAAACCGGAUUGGUUAGGUCUACCAGCCGGAGUGAAAUUCGACCCAACAGACCAAGAACUGAUCGAACACCUCGAAGCAAAAGUAGAAGAUAAAGACAUGAAAUCUCACCCUUUGAUAGAUGAGUUCAUCCCCACCAUUGAAGGAGAAGAUGGGAUUUGUUAUACCCAUCCUGAGAAACUUCCAGGAGUGACUAGAGAUGGGUUAAGCAGGCAUUUCUUUCACAGACCAUCGAAAGCUUACACAACUGGGACAAGAAAACGAAGAAAAAUCCAAACGGAAUGUGACCACUUGCAAGGAGGAGAAACCAGGUGGCACAAGACCGGGAAGACCAGGCCGGUCAUGGUCAAUGGAAAGCAAAAAGGGUGCAAGAAAAUCCUGGUUUUGUACACCAACUUUGGGAAAAACCGCAAACCCGAAAAGACCAACUGGGUCAUGCACCAAUACCAUCUCGGGCAGCACGAGGAAGAAAAAGAAGGAGAGCUUGUUGUGUCUAAGAUUUUCUACCAAACGCAGCCUAGGCAAUGUAAUUGGUCCGACCGGGCAGCCACCGCAGCCGUGGUGGUUGGCGAAGGAAUUAGCAGUGACGGCGGGGGCGGGGGCGGUAGGAGAGACAGUACUGGGAGUGGGAGUUGCUCUUCUAAGGAGAUAAGUAGUAAUAUUAAUCCUCAGAGAGAUCAACAUCAUCAAAUGGUUGCAGCUGCAGCUGCUGUUGCUCAGUUGUCUAGUGCUUAUAGUGGUACGACUAUGGAUAUUCCGGUUCAGUUAAAAUCUGAUCACUUCAGCUUUGUUCCAUUCAGGAAAAGCUUUGAUGAGGUGGGAAUAGGAGAUCAUGCUUCAACAGUAAGGGAAGGCUCGGGAGGAGGAGGAGGCGCGUGCGAAGAUCUCGUGCGCGAGCACCAUCAACAUAUCAGGCCACCAGUACACCUUAACAUGGCUCAAGAACACCAUCAACAUCAUCAGCACCAUCAUCAACAGCAACAACAACAACAACAGCAUCAAAUACAUCAUCAAAUGGCAACGACGUCGUUUCACAUAAGCCGGCCUUCACACCCAAUAUCUAAUAUCAUUUCUCCUCCUCCUCUCCACCACACCUCCAUCAUUCUUGACCAGGAUGCCUAUCGAAUAAUGCUCCAAAAUGACAACACUACUACUAGUACUACUACUUUCCAGCAGCAACAGCAACAACAACAACAGCAUCAUAAAAUGGGAGGAAGGUCAGCAUCUGGUUUGGAGGAACUCAUAAUGGGCUGCACUUCAAGUAAUAAUAAUAUCAAAGAAGAGUCAGCUAUGGGAAACGUACCUCAAGAGGCAGACUGGAUGAAGUACUCUUCCUUCUGGCCUGACCCUGACAAUCCGGAUCAUCAUGGGUAGGAGUGAAAAAAUUAAUAAAAGAAUAAACCAAAAAAAGAAAAAGAAAAAAAAAGGAAGGAAGGAAGGAAAAUCCUCAUAGACAACAUCAUUAUCAUCAUCAUUAGUACUUUGAAGCCUUCUCUCUCUCUCUCUCACUAUAUACCACAAGUUCUUUUCAACGUGAAAGGCCACACAUUCUGCUCUUUUUUCUUUCUUUUACCCUAACAGUGAUGGGGCCUUGGUUUGUACGCUCAUAUAUCGAUAUAUACACGCCUCUCUCAACUGAACUAACUGUACAAACAGUCCAUGUUGGAAAGGAAAGAGGGAAAAGAACAAAAGGAGAAAAGGAAGAAAAAGAAAAGAAAAGAAAAGAAAAGAAAAGGAAAGAAAGGCUGCUCUCACUUCUGACAAAAUAGAAUUUGAAGGAGGAGAGAACCAAAGACCCAACGCAAAGCAAAGCAAAGCAAGACACCCCCCUUGUCCUUGCAUGAAAAUCAUCACCAUUAUCAUUACAGUAUCAUAUCUUUUUAUAAUAUAAAAUAUUCUUAUAUUAUUAUUAUUUUAUUUAUUUUUAAGAAUACAUAUAUUUAUAUUUAUAUUUAUAUAUGUUUGUAUAAUGUAUCUCUCUUCUUUGUUGUUCUUUUACAGAGUAAAUACCAAAGAGUUUGAGCAAAAUUGCAACA